UGGUCGACAGUCCCACAGACCUGGGUGCUGGUGCUGCAUGGCCCUGCAGCGCUGACUGCAGGCCCUGCGUGGCCUCGCCGUGGCAAAUGCAGGGCCUGCACGGCCCUGUGGCACUGGGUGCUGAUCCUGCAUGGCCUUGAGGUGCUGGGUGCUGGUCCUGCACGGCCCUGCGACGUUGUCGGCAGGUCCUGCACGGCUCUGUGGCACUGGGUGCUGGUCCUGCACGGUCCUGCAGCUCUGGGUGCUGACCCUGCAUGGUGGCCCUGCAGCUCCGGGUGCCGGUGCUGCCCGGUGCUGCCCGGUGCUGCGGGUUCUGCACGGCCCCGCGCUGGGUUUGGGGGUCCCAGGGACCCCCGGGGCCGGCCCGGCUCAGCCCAGCCCUGCAGCUCUUCCUGGGACCCCCUGGCCCUGCUGCACCUUUGGGGGCUGGGUCCCAGCAGGUGCUGCAGCGUUGGCGCGGCCGGUGCCGGUUCCGGUGCCAGUGCUGGUGCCGGUUCUGGUGCCAGUUCUGGUGCCGGUUCGGUGCUGGUUCUGGUGCUGGUGCCGGUUCUGUGCCGGUGCCAGUGCCAGUUCUGGCGCCAGCUCUGGUGCCGGUUCUUGUACCAGUGCCGGUUCUGGUGCCAGUACCGGUUCUGCGCCAGUACUGGUGCCCGUACCUGGGCCAGUUCCGGUGCCGGUUCUGUGAUGGUUCCAGUACCAGUUCUGUGCCAGUUCCGGUGCUGGUUCUGGUGCCAGUACUGGUUCUGUGCUGGUUCUGGUGCCAGUACCUGUGCCGGUUCCGGUGCCAGUUCUGGUGCUGGUUCUGGAGCCAGUACCAGUUCUGUGCCAGUUCCGGUGCCGGUUCUGGUGCCAGUACUGGUUCUGUGCCGGUUCUGGUGCCAGUACUGGUUCUGUGCUGGUUCUGGUGCUGGUACCUGUGCCGGUACCGGUGCCGUUCUGGCACUGGUUCUGGUGCCAGUACCAGUUCUGUGCCAGUUCCGGUGCCGGUUCUGGUGCCAGUACCAGUUCUGUGCCAGUUCUGGUGCUGGUGCCAGUACCAGUUCUGUGCCAGUUCUGGUUCUGGUGCCAGUACCGGUUCUGUGCCAGUUCCAGUUCUGAGCCAGUUCUGUGCCAGUACCAGUUCUGUGCCAGUUCUGGUGCCGGUUCUGUGCUGGUUCUGUGCCAGUUCUGGUGCUGGUGCCAGUACCGGUUCUGUGCCGGUUCUGGUGCCAGUUCCGGUGCCGGUUUGUGCCGGUUCCGGACCGGUACCGGCGCCGUGGGAAGCGGGUUCCUGCUGGAGCAGGUGCCGGCGGCGGUGGGACCGUGGGGAUGCCUGGGGCGAGAGUUCAGUUUUUAACCAAGUACCCGACUCACGUCUUUUUUUAAACAAAACCAACCAGACAAAUUCUGUUGCACAGCCCUAGAUGAAAACUCAAAACAACACAGCAAGGCCUGAAUUCCUUAAGAUCCGCCGAGGGAGUGGGGACAAACACGGUGCUAAAACAUUUUAUUAAAAAUAUAUAUUGUUAAAUUAAGUCUGCUGUCUGGACAAUGACUGUUUUGUUUCUCGUAGUGGAGUUUCAAAGAGCACUAUUAUUUUACUCUUAUAUAUUAUUAUUAAAAAAAAAAAACAAAAAAGAAAAAGGCAUUUUAACUUUGUACUUGAAAACUAAAUGAGAGAUUUCAUGUGUUUUAGCCUAGACAUUGAAGUAGCUGACGCUUAACUAUUUGUGGGAAUCAUGUACUCAUCAUCCCGAGGAAUACGCUGUAGAGCUGGUACCCUCCUUCCUCCCUCCCUUCCUCUUCCUCCUCCUCCUCUUCCUCCUCCCUUUGAUUUGGCUCCGCCGCCACAUUCCCGGCGCCGCCGCGGCCGCCCCGGCUGCUCUGCCCGCCCUUCUCUCCCCCCACACCCCGGUUUAUUUUCUAUUCUCUCUCUCGGUUCGUUGCCCCCUGUUUUUUUGUUGGUUUGUUUUUUUAGGGUCGCUUCUCUAUUUAUUGCCGCUGAACUGUGCAUUUCACGGCCGGAGGUGCCGCGGGCGCCCGGCGCUGUUGUAUCUGUGUGAGUAUUGCUCGUGACAUAGCUGUUCUGAACUAAUAAAGGUCAAUGCGUGCAGCAGAUGUAGAAAGUCUGUCCGUCCCGCUUCCAUCCCAUCCUCCUUUUCUUUUUUUUUUCUUUGGUGCCCAGAAGAGUAUAAUACAGACGAGCUCCUUUCUAAUGUACUUGUGCUGGAGAACACUUGAAUAAAUGUCCUGUUUUGUGCAAAAAAAAAAAAAGAGAAAAAAAGAGGAAAAAAAAAAAGAGAGGAAAAAAAA